AUGUCAUUGUGUCCGCUCCUCCGCUCCCGCUUCAGCUCCGGACUGCAAUCCUGUGCCCCGCAACGCAGGAUAAGUCUGAGACAUUGGCAUCGACCGAGGAUACAAUCGAACGCUGCGAUAUAUUCCAUCGGUCAUGCGCGAUACUCGAAUACUGCGGCUUCAGGGGUUGGGCGUGUGGAGUCCUCCGCCGUCCGACAGGAUGACAUCGUAGAACACGUUCCUCCCUCUCUACAAACCGAUCACCACAACCCUUCGGCUUUUGCUGAUAACGAUCGUAUCGGUGGAACAUGUCGACACGAUAUGCGCGAGUCAGGCUCAUCAAUGCCUUCGCAACAUGACACCCAGGACCGUACCCAGCAGCCCCCUCAACCCCCCCAUGAAGGUAGCCGCUCCAGUGAGCCAAACGAUGUUGGCGCCACGCCACAGAUUCUCAGGAGAGGGGGCAUUCCGACAAAAUAUGUGGGCUGGUUCAAUCGCGAAGUAAAAUCGAAGAUCGAAAACAUUGCGGACGAAGAUGUGUCGCUGAGAAGUCUGUCAUUGGACCCAAAUGUGACUUUCUUGUAUUCAGGGAGGACCGAAUUUGAACAAUGGGAAUCGGCAUUGAACACACUAUUAUGGGCGAAACAGCACAACACAACACGAGCCAUAAGUGAAAAGCCAGCGUUCAAUUUGUUGGACGAUGCGCAGGAUCUGAUAGUUAUGAUCCAAAAAGACUGCCUUGGGUCUUUUAAAACAGCGUGGGAAGAACUGGAACCACAUGUGAAGGCUGCACAUUGGCAGCGUUUAGCACUGUGGUUGCUUCAGCGUUCACCACUUGCCAUUCCGGAGUUCUUAUAUAUAACUACGCAGAGCAACCAAAAGCCAGACUGCAGAAUGGUUGUGGAUUGUUUUCAAUUUUUGACCACCCAUUAUCCCGAGGAAUGGAAGUAUUGGAGCAAAGGGUCUCUCACACAUGCGUCAGUCAUACAAACCUGUCUAGAUCGCAAGAAUUGGCCAAUUGCCAAGGUGCCUCAGAACUCCAUUCGGCUUUACAUGGCAUGUACCGAUUACAGCGGGUUAUGCAACGUUCUCCAAUGGAUGAAAGAGGGGCAUAAUUUGGGUGGUUGGAACAUUCUGAAUCUUGUCAGAGGUUUUGUCAAACACCAGGAUGCCGAACGUGCGCUAGAGACCUUUCAGUACAUCACCACGAUCAAUGAUGAACGGUUCAACAUGGAUUCCACGGGGGUUAUGCGCCAUUGUUGUAAGAUUCUGACACUUGACUCGGUGGCAGAUGGGCCGAACGGCCGCAAUUUUCGCAUUCUCCCCAGACUUCUUGAGAUGGGGAUUCGACCUGACAGGGACAUGAUGAACCUCGUUUUGCUCAAUGCAUUCAGGACAGGCGAUCCCCAGCUAGGGCUUGAUGUGCUAGAUUUCAUGCAAAACCGCAGUUAUGAAUUUGACGCUUAUACGUACAGCAUUUUACUCACGGAUGCUGUCGGCCGCGGCGAUCGAGAACGUGUUGCAACAUUGAUAAAGGAAAUUGAGGGCCUUCCGGAGAUUCGCAGGAAUUCCCACGUCGCAAGCAAACUUAUGCACGCUUACUACGUUUUUGUGGCAAGGAAUAUGGACGCUGACGUUGAACCGAGCCGGAUCUUCUACGCUAUGCUGGACCUCUACGUUGAGUUAUACGACAUCACUCCCUUGAAGGAACUCCUCCUCGUCCCUUCCGAGUAUACACCUACGGUAAAAGGCCUCAACGAGCAGCCGACUUUGAUAGCAUUAUUCCUAGUUAUCGCCACAUAUUUCCGUUGUCAGCGGCGCUAUCAGCACGUCGAGCGCAUUUACUCAAGAUUUCGGGAGCUUGUACUACAGGGCCACAAGCACUUUGCUCCACUGGCAGCGACGGAUCAUACGUACAAUGUGUUCCUCAGUACCUUGCGUGAUAACCCUCAUGGAAUGCGACUCUGCGUACGUAUUGUCCAAGAUAUGUUACAAUCACCCUCCACCAUAGCAGUCAACAACGAGUUUGAAAAGCGAACAAUCAACCAUGUGAAACCUGCUGCCCAGACCUGGACGAUUUUACUCAGCGCAUUCCUCUACAACAGACAGCUGUAUGCGGCGGAGAAAGUCAAGGAAAUGAUGGCCAAGCACAAUAUCGAAUACAACCAGGUCGUUUGGAAUACUGUCAUCAACGGCUACGCAAAUGCCCAGAAUAUCCCAGACCUUGCCAUGGCAAUUCGGACGAUGGAAGAGCAGGGAUUCGCGGUCGACGAGUAUACUAUGAGGAGUCUGCGCUACCUGCAUAACCCCGAACGACUGUGGGAGGUUAUGGAUGAGUUCGAUCAGGUCGAAGCCAUGAGCCGUGGAGAAGAGAACGUUGGGGAACAGAAACCCUCAGAGCCACGGGUAACCAGAUCCCCGGAGGAAGAGGCGGCGCGGGAGCAUGAGGAGCUACUCGAGCAAGGUUUGCGACGUUUGAUUGAGAAAAAGAAAGCCAAGUAUUAG